ACCGGGCUGGUGCAGAGCGCAUAAACCCAACGUGUUACUGUUUACCUCCAGUGUGUGUGAGAGAGUGUGUCAAACACAGACACGCGUAGUUGGCUGUGAGAAGGAUUUUAUAUUUUUAUGGCUCGAUGUUAUUUUUAAAGUAAAGCGGAAGCUCGCAGCAGCACGAGGCCCGAGCCUGGGCCGCAUCCCCCUGGCAGAUGCCAUCUAUCAGCGUCCUCCGAGAAAUUUAACGAAAUAACUGCUGCUAGCAGGGUGGCUAACCAGGCUAAUUACUAACAGAAGAGAGAUGAUGUUGACGUUGAUGUUGAUAUUUCUCCUCGCCGAGAGUUUGUCCAGCGGGGAUGGGUCGACCGGUUUAGACUGCAGCCCGUCCACCACAGAGACCAACAGAUUACUGUCGGCUGUGGUCGACUCGCAGAGAGCUGAGCAGAGCCAGAGGCAACACCUGGAGGCUCUGUUCAACAGAUAUGGAGAAAACGGCACCAUCUCUCUGGCCGGUUUAAAGCGUCUGUUACAGAGCGUGGGGCUGGAUCGCAUCAGGACUGUUAUGGUGCAACAUCAUGAGCAACCAGGCCACCACAAUCACCACCACCAUCAUCAUCACCACCACCGCCACCACGAGGGCCACCAGCACCAUCACCACCAUCUCCAUGAUGACAACAACUCGCAUUUUCAGAAACGCUCUGAAACCUCACAGCCCAGAAAGUUACCAAAGACCCCUGAAGUCUCCAAAGAUCAGGACAGCCACCACAACCUGCUCGACAAGAAGACAACGGUGGCAGCGGCAGUGGCGGCGGCUCAGGAGGUCGGCACCACGGCGGUGUACAGUGCCCAGGUGGUGGUGAAACCAGAUGAUGCUCAUAAGAGAGAAGACAGCAGCCCGGAGCAACCCAGUCCUGCCGGGGAGGAAACCACCAGAGCGUCUAUUGCUAGACUGGUCACUGAAAGCCAGACUCAGGCAGCUGCAGUCAGCCGUGGGGAUCACGACCAUGUCCAUGACCAUGACCAUGACCACGUUCACGACCACGACCAUGACCACGAUCACAUAAACCAGGAUCUUCCCCACAACCGAAGCAUAGAUAAUGUUGAGUGUCUGAACGCCUCCACCAUCCUCUCCUCACACGGGAUGUCUCAGGAGGUGGGUGUGACUCUCACUGACUUCAGCUUCCUUUGCCCCGCCCUCCUCAACCAGAUUGAUGGCGGAGCGUGUAUUCUGCACGGCGGCGCUGCAACACACGGGGAGAGAGACCAUAAACAUGGUCAUGGUCACCAUGGUGACCACAACAACUCAGACAGCAGGGAGCACUCUGGAGGUGAAAGUGGCAAAAACAUCACAAUAGCGUGGGUCGGAGGGUUCGUCUCCAUCACCAUCAUCAGCCUGCUCUCCCUGCUCGGCGUCGUCCUCAUCCCGCUCAUGAACAGAGUUUUCUUCAAGUUCCUCCUCAGCUUUCUGGUGGCGCUGGCUGUCGGCACGCUGAGCGGUGACGCCUUUCUUCAUCUCAUCCCCCACUCUCAGGGAGGCCACCAUCACCACCACGAGGAUUCUGGGAUGGGUAUGGAACAUCACGUCCAUGGUGAGCCGGAGGAAAACCUGGACGCAGUGUGGAAGGGUCUGACGGCUUUGAGUGGAGUCUACCUAAUGUUUCUAAUCGAACACUUCCUGACGCUGGGGAAAAUGUACAAGGACAAGAAACAGAAGAUCCAGAAGAAGUGGGAUCAGAACGACAAAGCAGAUCCAGAGAAGCAGCCUGCUCUGGAAGACCUGAAGCCAACUGAAGAUGUAGAGACGAACGGUGCCGGUAUGUUUGGUGACCACUCGAGCAGCCUGCAUGGUGGCAGUGUGGCAGAAGAGGAGCAGGUGAUGCUGGCACCGCAGGUGUCCAUCGUCUCGCCGCAGGGUUACGGCGGGGCGUCGGGGGCUGCCGCCUACACUGCCGAGGACUGCGAGAACAAAUGCCACUCCCACUUCCACGACACUGUGGGCCAGGCCGACAGCAUGCACCACCAUCACCACGACUACCACCACAUCCUGCACCACCACCACUCCCAGAACCACCACCCUCACAGCCACUCCCACUCCUACUCAGAGCAGCACUUCCAGCAGGCCGGCGUGGCCACGCUCGCCUGGAUGGUCAUCAUGGGAGACGGACUGCACAACUUCAGCGACGGCCUGGCCAUCGGAGCUGCCUUCACUGAGGGUCUGUCCAGCGGUCUGAGUACAUCUGUGGCUGUUUUCUGUCACGAGCUGCCUCACGAGUUAGGUGACUUUGCGGUGCUCUUGAAGGCCGGUAUGACUGUGCGUCAGGCCAUUCUCUACAACGUCUUGUCAGCCAUGAUGGCCUACUUGGGUAUGGUGACCGGUAUCCUGAUCGGACACUACGCAGAGAACAUCUCCAUGUGGAUAUUCGCCCUUACAGCUGGGCUCUUCAUGUAUGUGGCUCUGGUGGACAUGGUGCCUGAGAUGUUACACAAUGACGCCGGGGACCACGGCUUCAGCCACUGCGGCUUCUUCCUGCUCCAGAACGCCGGCAUCCUGCUGGGCUUCUGCAUAAUGCUGCUGAUCGCCAUUUUCGAGCACAAAAUCCAGCUGGACCUGGGGUACUGAAGGAGAGGUGUUUCAUCCAGAGCUCCAUGUGCGUUUCAGUGUCUGUCAGAAAUGUAGUGUGUUUUUUAUUUGUUGCUCCAGAUGGUCCAGUCACAUUGAUUUAGUUAGUAUUUUUACAUGGUGUAGGAAGACGCAUCAGUUGAAACACAGACACCGAAUGUAAUCCAGGAAGUUGCCAUGCUGACAGCGCUCUCUGAUGUUGUAGCUGACGGAAACAGAAGCUAAACGUUCAUGAGCUGCUGAGAUUCAAAUAUCUGCUGCUCAAACUAGUGUUUUUUUAAUUUUUCACUUUCUGUUAACGCUGUUAAAAACAUGCAGCAAUUUUUUCAGAUGGCGACAAACUCGUGACCCCCAAGUGGAAGAAAACAAGAGUGCACAAAAACAAAAAUAGAUCAAAGUUAAAGUCCCCUGUCCUAACUGCUCUUACCACUACAAAAAGACAUGAAAGCAGCAUGACCUCCCCCCGAACUCCUCUGCCGUCAUAUUUAAUGUUGUUUUUUAUACGCCUUAUUUUUUUUUUCUAUCUGAUGUGUUGGAAGUGUUUCUGCUGCUGAGUCAAACCAGAUCAGUAUUCCAGAACAUACUCAAAGUGCCGUAACAGCCCCACUGUCGGUACAACACUGUACUGGGUCUUAAGAUGUUCUUUCCAUUCAAAAUCAUUUUACAGUAUAAAUUGAUCCAUUAAUUGAUUGGUAGGAACAACGGACAUUAUUUGUUGCUUUUCAACAUUUUUCGGACCAAAACUCAAGCUGAACAUGUUUGAAGAUAUUCAGAAAGAAAACCACAAAAUAUUCAAAUUUGAGAAUCUGGAGGCAGCACACUUUCUGCAUUUUUGCUAAGAGAAAUUAAUAUCAAUAUUCUGUUGAUGGGUUAAUGGUUUCAGCUCUAAUUGUGACCAGUUUUCAGGGUCAAUUAAGCCCCUCCAGGAUUUAGUGGGCUGUUUUUGGGAUUGUUGCGACCUGAAAUGUCUGAUUUCACGGCAGCUUUUCUAAAAAACUGCAAGUUAUGUUGCAAUGUUUAAAGGAGUUUUUUUUUGUCACAGAUUCAGAGCUUAUUGUUAUGAGCAUUAAGUGUUUGACAUUGAAUUAGAAUUUAUUUGUGAUCACCAUCAGCCAUCAGCUGUUAAUGCCGUGCAACGCAGCGGUGAAUGACUGUCCCUGUGAGAGACUCUCCUUCUGCUCUCUGCCCAGUUAGCACAUUAACACAACACAACAUGAUCUCGUCCCUACUCGUCAUAUUUUGCUGCUUGGGCUGAAGCCCCACAGCAACAGUUAACAUCCGACACCGAGCCAUUCAUCUUACACCAACACCAUGACCAAAACAACCUGUUAAAUUCUGUUCGUUAACGUUAGCUUUGUGAUGCUAACAGUUAGCCCUGUCACUGUGUGUGUGACUCCAGGCACAGAGCUCCGGCCCAUCAGCAGCAGUCUCAUGAUAAACAGAGAGAGAGGGGCUGAGUGAAUCCAUGUCCAAGUUACCAUAAAAGGCAACACACACCGACCCUGUCACCUGACGCCCAAAUAAGACAACAGACAGAUAAAGUAAACAAUAUCACCAGCGUGGACUGUGGCAGCACAUGUAAUAAAAAUGUUGCUUUUUUGGAGCAUUAGAAAUUUGAUGAUGGCGUAACUCGAUGUGGAGUUUUGACGACCAUGAUGUGUUUUGAUGUGCAGCUGCUGUUGUUUGCUCUCAACACUCUGGUGUUGCCAUAUAAACCUGCAGGACUGCUGACCCCAUCAGAGAGCGCUGGCGGUCAGCUGAUCAGCAGGUGAACUUGGUAGUUUGGAAGUCCCGACACUGCAGCAGAGAUUACUCCUUUGGGAAAUUUUUCCCUCAUCAGACAAUCUGAUCAAAUCUUGCAGAAUGAACUCACUGUGAGUAAUCAGAGCAUUUUCAGUGGGAAGUUUGGAUAAAUCAGCAGGAAAUCCGUCCAUUAAAUGAACCUGAGUUCAGCCUGAUGAAGGAAACGGUGUCGUAGACCUCGUUAGUUGGAAGUUAACACUCACUGUUGCUGUUUCACUUUGAAAGUUCGGUCACGGUUCAUUUUCUGAUUGUCAAACAGCUCCUUGAAAGAUUAAGUUCUGGAUGAAAGUAUAAACAUGACUAAAUUGUGGGGCCGACCCCUCGGUCGACUGAGUUUGCUUCAAGUGGAACAGUUGUUAGAGUGCUGUGCAGUGUAAAUCUGGGGAUGUUUUGAUCCAAGAUAUUGCUGCAGAUUAAUGCUCUUGACUUUCACGCUUCUCUUGGGUACAGACCGCUACGGACGUGAUACAACGGCACAGAUCUUUUCUCUUCUGAUUACAAGCAGUGAAUUUACAGCUCACAGAUACUUAAUACGACACAGUCUCUGGCUUUUGUUUGAUAGCUAGUGUCAAAAAAUGUUGUUGCAUAUUUCCGAUCUGUCGGUGGCACAGUUAACCUGUUUACUAUAAUACAUGAAUGCCUCUGUCACACUGAACGUCCCGCUGAGCCCCGUUCAAAUUUUAAAAACCUCGAAUAUUUGUACUAAACAGCCGAAUCUGAUUCAACUUACGUAACUCUCGAGUUGGGUACAGCCCUACUAAAAUGAAACAGAAAAAGGACCACACCUGAGUUAAGCUGAAAUGAGGCCUUAGACUGGAAAUGGAUAUUAAUGAUCAAGAAAAUCCAAAAUUGUGCUGAACUUGUUUUCGCUGUCAAACUUUGCCUGUUACAACACGUUAUCUGCUUUGAACAAACAUUUGUAAGUCUGCUGUUCGUUUAGGAAACACACUUAGACCAAGAUUUGUUUUCACUAAUGUGAUGAGCAGGACGAGAACAAGAUGGAAGCAAAUCUUGCGUACGUUCUCAGAGUGGUGUUUUCUUGUGAGAAGAUGAAAAAAUCAGUUUGGAGAGUGAUGGUGCAAAGUCGUAUUAAUCUGGAGCCUUGAAUUUUCCCCCUAAACAUGAAAGUCUCCUGUGAAGCUUUUCUAUUUGGGAUCGUAUCGCAGUGUUCGCCAAUGUUUGGAUUUAGACGAUUGGGAAAAAAAAAAACAAACUGAACCUAAAUGAGUUAAAAUUUCCUUUUUAUGAGGGAUGUUUGAACUGAACUGAAUCCUGGCACUUCUGAUCUGCACACGUGGAGCUGAACAAGAUCUACAUUCCUGUUGGCUAUCCUGUUACCCUAGAUUUGUUUUUUUUGUUAGUUUUUUUUUUCUUUCUUUUUAUAAAAAUAUUGCAACUGCACUUAUUUUAACGUUCACAUUUUUUGGCCCCUCUUCGUCAGUGGCUCGUUCAGCUCCAAGCAGCAGAUAGAACAUAUGCAGAUGUUUUAUUCUGUUGAAGUGGUGAUGAUCAGUUUAUCUCUCCAAAUUAGUCCAACUCUGUGUCAGGAGAGACUGUCUGAAAACGUGUGCCGUUAUCACUCCACCCUCCGACAAGCAAAUGUGGCCCUAACCUGGCCCUCGAGAGCAACAUUUUUGCCCUUAUUCUGAAAAAGACAAUAUUUCUAAGCUGUUUACAUGAUGAAAAUAAAUUAUCUUAUAGUUUACACGCAGCUGUGUAUACUCUGAUUAACGUGCCCUAACAUGAUGUUUAUAAUGGCAAAAUAUGGAAAAGUGGAGCGGCUUCUUUCAUCCAAAUAGGAGUCUCCUGCCGGUGGUAUACGUGUUGGACCGUGUGAACUCAGCCUCCCUCUUUUAUUCAUUUAACCAUCUUCUGGAAAAGGUUAGCAUUGUGAUAUUUGUGUACAAGUCCUUCAUAAUUCCAACCAGAAACGUGGGCUUAUCCUUGGGGCAGGGAUCGCUACCCAAGCCCUGCGAACUGUUGGCAAGUUGGUCUCUGUACAAUGUAUCCAUGACAACGCACAGAGCUGACUGUAAACAGACAAAAGGCAGUGUGUCACAAACUGCUGUAAAAACCCCAAAUGAGAAACAUAUUCCGAAUGUGCUGUAUAGAUGUCCAAGGAAUGCUCCUAAAAUCUGAAUAAUGCCGGCAUAUUUAACGUCUUAGAAAAUGGUACAUUCGGAGAAAGGCCUAAUUUGGAAUAACUUAACUUUAUAUGCUGUUUACACAAAGAGCUGCCAACGAAUAAUCAGUUGGUUGCCAACUAUUAACUGAGUUGCCAAUUAAUUUGAUGAUCAAUGAAUCCGUUUGAGCAAUUUUUCAAGAAAAUGAAAGCCAAAAUUCUCAGAUUCCAGUUUCGUAAAUAUGAAUAUUUUCUGGUUCCUUUCCUCCUCUGUGACACUAAACUGAAUCUCUCUGGGUUGGGGACAAAAUGAGACAUCUGACAUCAGCUGAUUUUCCACCAUUUUCUGACAUUUUACGGACCACACAAAAAAUCCAUUAAUGGAGAAAAUAGAUUAAUCUACAGGGAGAAUAAUCUUGAGCUGCAGCACCAUUUACAUGACCCAAAUCAAAUUCAGAAUAUUGGUAUAUUUGUAAUGUAAGGGAAAUAUUAGUGUGCAUGACAACAUCAUAACUGACCAUGACCUUUGACUUCUCUGUGAAAUGUGUACAAGUCUGUCAGAGAAAGGCCAAAUAUAGUGUUUUCAUCUGUCCAGUGAAGAGCUGAGAAACUGAAAGCAAACUCUGGCAACAAAAAGGUGAAACUCAGCAGGUACUGUAGACUACAGGCUGUAGUGUUAGUUUUUGUUUAGUUUUUAAUUUAUGUUUAAUUUUAUCGUUACAGUAGAAGAGUUAACGUGGCAGCUCAACACUGACCGUGUUCAGAGAAACUAAGACUUUAAAGUCACUGUCAGUCUUUGUUACAGUAUUUCUCUUUUUCAGUUUGAAUGUGGACUUUGUAAUUACCACAGGAGAACUACACUUUAGUCAAACUACAGAUCAUCUAACGUGAGCUCAGCUUGAAUGGUUUCCUGUAUUAUUAUUUUUUAUUUGUUUACAGUUUGUUUAAUAGAACAUUUUUGCUGUUUAUGUUAAAUGACAAUGUUCCCUCACAGGUCAUGAUUUUCUGGCCUAAAAAAUUGUGUUUAAAAAAUAAUAAUAGAAAAAGUAAGUUGAGUCCAGACACGAACCUCAAUGUGUACAUCACAUGUACAAUAUUAUACUAUAUGUAGAUAUUUAUGUACAAUACGGUACAAGUAUGUGUCUGAUUUGUUUCAGUUGUGGACUUUGUAGUUUCACUCGCUGUGCUGUUUGUUGUGAACAAUGUGAGUCUCUGUUACGUUGUAUUCAACACAAACCAAAAGAAUCUCAUUCAGAGGAAAAGUUACAGUGUGGAGAACACAUAGGAGUCUGAAAGUAGAGGAUGUCAUUUCAUGUUUUUGUCGGAAACAAAAUGUCAAGUGUUUGAAAUGAAUCUGUUUUUGGAGGAACUACAGCAGGUGGAUUAAAUCAUACAGACGGCUCACGAUACAAUCACACAGUAAAUACACACAAAAUGUUUCAUGAUCUGAAUUCAUGAUCUUUUUUAUUGAAAACGUUUUAUUGAGUUUCUGAUUUGACUCAGGUCAUUUUUGAGGUUAAUAUUUGUGGUUGUGUCAAAGUUAAAUCCAUUCAAAACUGAUGUUACGAGAAAAAGAGCUGUGAGUUUCUAACUUUGAGAACAAACUGUUUCAGAUCAGAUUGAAUUUCAGUAAAAUUUAAUCAAAAUAAAACACAUCACACAAACGUUGAAAAUGAGGCGUGAUAAAUAAGAUGUUUACUGCCAUGUUGCAACCAGUAGGGUUUCUUUUUCUCCUAUUUUCCCCCAAUAGUUCUCACAGCAUAUAUUAAUUCUACUCAAUAGAUGAGCAAUUUUACGAUAAAAA